AGAGAGAGAGAGAGAGAGAGAGAGAGAGAGCAGCUUGACUCAGAAGGGCACGGUGCUGUCUGCUCAGAGGAACACAUGGAAUAAACCGAGAACACAGCACUGGUCAGAACAGAAGCUGCAGGAGAUCAACCGGUCCCUUCAAUCGGCUGACAUGAGAAGAGAUCGGCUUCUGGUGGCCGUCACUUUGGUCGCCCUUUUGGCAGCAGACGUCCAUUUCAUCCUGCUUCCCAGACUCAGAACCUGGUGUCACCUUCCCAGAGGAAGCUGCUCAUGCACCAACAGCAGCCCGGAGAACACGUCCGCUGCGACCGUCCCGUGGACCACCAGCCUGAACAUGACCGCGGUCUCCACCGAGAGAGGCUCUAAGCUGGAGCGGCUCUUUAGACACCCGCUCUAUAACAUCCGUCCUCCAGAUCUGGGUCCUGAGGAGCAGCUGCUGCAAGAGGACGAGCUCAUGAACUACUGCAAGAGGAAAGUGAGCCGCUGGGAGAGACUGAAGAAGUUCUACAUCGAGGCGGCAGCAGCUUCAAACAUCACUAUACCGGAUCACCCUGUGACCUUUGACCCCGAGGCCAGCUGGCUGCAGUUCCAUCUAGGGAUCAGUCGCUAUGCGCUGUAUUCAGGAGACGACAGCAUCAUCGACAGACUCCUGCGAGACAUGCAGACGGCCACCAUCAUCAGCGCAGAUUUCACUCAGGAUGAGAAAGCACUGAAGGGUGCAUGCGACUGCUCACAAGUGGUUAAACCCAGCGGUCUUCACCUGAAGUUGGCUCUGAAGCUCCAAGACUUUGGCAAAGCUAUGUUUAAACCAAUGAGACAGGAGCGACACGAAGAGACUCCGGAAAACUUCUUCUAUUUUGUCGACUUUCAGAGGCACAAUGCUGAGAUAGCAGCUUUCCACCUGGACAGAGUGCUGGACUUCCGGAGAGUUCCACCGGUGACGGGACGCUUCAUCAACGUGACGGGGGAAAUUCUGGACAUAACACACAAUGAAGAACUGCGCAGUGUGUUCUUCACCUCUCCAGCCAACAACACAUGUUUCUUCGCCAAGUGUUUAUACGUGUGUAAGUCGGAGUACGCGGUGUGUGGUCACCCGGAUCUGCUGGAGGGCUCCAUGUCUGCUUAUCUGCCGGGUCUGAGCAUCGCCCCUCGAAUCUCCAUCCCAAACCCCUGGAUCCGCGCCUACAGUUUCACCGGGAGAGAGGAGUGGGAGGUCAACCCGUUAUACUGUGAUAACGUCAAAAAACUAUAUCCCUACAACUCUGGGAACAGACUGCUCAACAUUAUUGACAUGGCAAUAUUUGACUUCCUCACAGGAAACAUGGACAGACACCACUAUGAGAUUUUCACCAAGUUUGGAGAUGAUGGUUUCCUGCUCCACUUAGACAACGCCAGAGGAUUUGGCCGGCAUUCUCAUGAUGAGGUGUCCAUCCUUGCUCCGUUGACCCAGUGUUGCAUGAUCAAGCGCUCCACGCUGUUCAGACUGAAGCUUCUGGCUCAGUCCGAGUACCGUCUGAGCGACGUCAUGAGGGAAUCCCUCUCCAGAGACCCUCUCACACCAGUCCUGACCGAGGAACACCUGCAGGCCUUGGACCGCCGGCUGGGACACGUGCUCAGGACGGUGGGGAACUGUGUAAAGAAGCUGGGAGAACCACAAGUGCUGAUCACAGACUUUGUAGAGUCAUCCAGAGUAACUUCCAGCCACAGGUGACAGAAGGAGAAGAUACCAGCGAUCCACUGUGUCACUGACUGUGCCACUGAACUAAAUCUGGACCCUAAUGUUCAUCUAAAGACAUCGGGAAGAUAAACUAUCUGUAUUUCUGAUAAAUGCUCUGGGGAUGUGUCAUAUUAUCAGUCUUAAUUGUCACAAUUUACCAGAAGUUGAAGUUAUGAGAUAAAUGUCAAGAGAUAAAUAAUCAAAAUGAUUGCCGUCAUAAUUAUGAGAAUUAUCGAGUUAAAGUUGGCUAAAACUUAAUUAUGAGAUCCAUAAUUGAUGGUGAAAUAUUGUGUCUUGAUGACUAUGCAAUUUUACCUGUCAUGAUGACUUAGUAUCUCAUAAUUUCUAUAAACAUGAAGUAUAUAUAAUAUAAAUACAUAUGAAUUACUUUUUUAUCAUAAUUUUUAAAUUUUAUUCUCAUAUUUGUGACUUUGUAUCACAAUUGAUUUGCUUGAUAUUACUUAAAAGCUUUAAAGGGGUCAUGAACAGAGAAACCACAAUUCUGAUUCUACAUCACUGGAUACAACUAUGAGAUAAAUAAGUCAUAACUGAGAAAAAGAGUUGAAAUUGAAUUAAAAAUCAAAACUAUGAGAUAAAAAGUCAAAAUUAAAAUGAGUGUCUCAUAAUUUCAACUUUCUAUCUCAUAAGUAUUACUAUUUAUCUCAUAAUUUUGACCUUUUAUCUCAUGUUUAUAACUGUCUACUAAAGUUGAUUGUGUGAUAUUACAAAAAAAGCUAAAUUGAGGUACAAAGACAUAAUUAUAACAAAGUCAAAAUGACCACAAGAGUCAAACUUAUGAGAUCAGAGAGAUAAAAAGUUACUAUUAUGACGGAUAUAAUUAUAAGUCAUUAUUGAGAUAAAGUGUUGAAACUGACUUUAAACUAAAUCAAACUAUGACAGUCAAAAUUAUCAUGAUAUUUAAAUAAAAAAAGUAAACUAUAAUCAAUCAGAACGUGUCAAUUUCAACGAUCAUGACGACUAUCUCAUAACUUCAUCUUUCUAUCUCAUAAUUAUGAUUGGCUAAAAUUGUCUGUGAUAUUACUAAAACAUUAAAUUGAAGUACAAAGUCAUGAUUAUAACAAAGUCAAAAUGAUCACAAAUGUCUAAUUUAUGAGAAAUCAGAGAGAUAAAUAGUUACAAUUAUGACAGAUAUAAUUAUGAUAUAGUCAAAAUUAUGAAAUAAGUCACAAUUGAGAUAAAGUGUGAAAGUGUAGAUAAAAGAAUGAAAGAUAAAAGAAAGUGUCAUAAUCAGGAAUUGUCAAGUUCAGCUGUCAUCAUGACUAUCUCAUAAUUUCAUCUUUCUAUCAGUAUACCUCAUAAUUAAGAGGGGCUAAUAAGAGCGGUGUAAUAUGUGACCUGAAGCCCCCUAACAACACAUUUAAGAGGUUGUCCUGAUCCGGUUUAGACUGAAAUCCCGAGCCAGCAUUCACAGGAAAGUUAAGAUCCUCAGAUCUCCAUUCAUGUGCAGCUUUAACUGCACAGCGGGAAGCGUUUCCUCUGAUUAACCCUUCCCUUUCUGUCCAUGAUUCUACAAACACCCGUCAGAGCUGAUGAUGCAGCACUCAAACAGGCACAUCAGCACAGAAACAGCUUCUCUACUCUCCAGAUGUGAUCCUCCGCCGUCUCAUCCGCUCCUACGUCACAGGAUCUUUGAAAAUAAAUAAAACCAAACCAUUUGGAGGAUUUAAGCUUAGGUGCAACUUCUGGUUCUCCACACUGUUGCACUAUUGUCUUGUAAGCUGAAACAUGUCACCAUUAUUGAGACCUUAAAUUUGGGUUUAUGAAAUAAAUCAAAUGCAAACCAAA